AUCAGGUCACGUGACAUGACGCACACAGCCCAGGCGAGGACGCUUCCACCCAUUGGUCAGAAGUCGGCGCGGCUUUCUGAGAGCGCUGUGAACAUGUCGGUGGUGCUGUGUGCUUGCCUCGGCCUGAGUCUCGGGAUCCAGUGGGUUCUGUGGGUCAUAGCAGCGCUAUUUCACACAGAGAAGUUUUACGACUUGGCGGGCAGUGGAACCUUCAUUCUUCUGGCACAUCUCAGCCUGCGAUGGACAGGAACAAGAUUUUUGCGGCAACAGGUCCAGACUGGACUGAUCACAGUAUGGGGUGUACGACUUGGUACAUUUUUGUUUCUGAGAAUUUUGAAAGAUGGGCAUGACAGGCGGUUCGACCGCGUGCGAGAUAACCCAGGAACAUUCCUCAUCUACUGGACAAUGCAAGGUAUUUGGAUAUUUGUAACACUUCUGCCAUCUCUGAUGUUAAAUUUGGGGAAGCAAGAGAAGCCACUAGGACUGCGUGAUUAUUUGGGUUGGUCUCUAUGGACAGUUGGGUUCAUAAUUCAGGCGACUGCAGAUCAACAGAAGUGGAUCUUUAAAAGUGACCCUGAUAAUGCGGGUAAAUUUAUUCAGACUGGUCUCUGGGCAUACAGUCGCCAUCCAAACUACCUUGGAGAGAUCUUGCAGUGGAGUGGGCUGUUCCUAUCGGCUUCCACUGUUCUGAGUGGUUACGAGUAUGUCAGCAUUAUAUCUCCGGUUUUUGUAUGGUUCCUGCUCAGUUAUGUAAGUGGAAUACCAAUUCUUGAGAAGCAAGCCUUGAAAAGAUGGGGAAGUGAAGCAGCUUACCAAAGCUACAUAUCACACACUCCUGUGCUGUGGCCUUUCAAGUUUUAACGGUUUCAAAAUCUCAUAGUAUUUACACAUAUGUGUUGGAGCGGGAAGGAUUGUUUCUGCUGGUUAGUGACAUUUGUUUCAACCUAAAAUGGUUUUCCUAUUGCAAACAAUUCA